AUGACCCUUCGCCCGUUGUUGACUCUGUCGAGGUGGUUUGCGCCUCCUCAGGGAGCAUCACACCUGCAUAAUGUCGCCCGGCAUGCCUCCUCAACCCCGCUGGUGCUGUACAUCCCCCCCUUCUCACCAGCCCCGGGUACACGGCCGGUUGUACCACGGUUUCUUCACCCGUACCCUACCGCCGUCAUCAGCUACAGGUGGUCCGCUACAGCCCCGACCCGGCAGCAAUCCCCCGGCACUGUCGACCAAGAGCAUGACUUCACCACGCCCUUGCAAUGGCCGACGCCGCUGCACGACACGCUCGCCGGCUAUACCUGGAUCACCGAGAACCUCAGGCCCCUCCACAGCGCCCGCCGUGACGUGUACGUCUACAGCUCCCACGCCGGCGCUAGCAUCGCCGCCUCCCUGGCCCUCACCGAGUCGCACAGCCAUGAGCCCGUGGCCGUCCGCGGACUCGUCGCCUGGAACGGCAUCUACAACUGGUCCAUGUUCCUACCGGAUCACAAGGUCAACAAGCCGGCCACCGCGCGCAGCAAGAAGCUCCCACCGCGGCCCGAGGAGGGUUCGCCGCUGCACAUGUUGCAGAUGAAGAUGCCCGAGCUGUUCCGCGCGCCGGUGGACCUGCUGGACCCCUUUGCGAGCCCGAGCCUGUUCUUCCAGACGGCGGGCAUGAUGGCGCCGCCGACAUUUACGCAGGCUGCUGCCGUGACCUCCUUCUUGGACAAGCUGUCUUCCGUGACGAGCGAGGUGAAGCCGUCAGACAUACUGGGCCUCGCUGGCGGCGCGUCCCCAGCACCGAGACGGAGCGCGCUCAUGUUCCCCCCGAGGAAGUCGACGCUGAAGCUGCCCUCGACACUGCUCCUCCACGACUCCCCGCCGACCGAACCAGCACCCCAGCGCAGGGGCAAAAAGACGGCAUCUUCGCUGGCCAGGGAGCUAGCCUCGAGGACGGCGAGGCGGCGUCAGGUGGCCGGGCACACGUUCCAGGCCCAGACGACGGAGCUGGCGGGCCUGAUGAGGCGGAGCCUGGAGAAGCUGGAGUUCAAGGCGCGGUUGGCGUGGGACGAGGACUUUGACGAGGCCGCCGAGGCCGAGAGGCGGGUCAGCGUCGUCGACGCCGGCGAGAACGAGGGCUUGGAGCUCGGCGAGCAGGGACAGGAGGCUGUGCGGGAGUGGCUGGAGGACAGGAUACGAUUGUGA